AUGCCAUCAUCAUUUAAAUCUGAUUAUAUUUUACUAACAACAACUCUUAUAGUUGGUUCAAAUCCAAAUUUAUCAUUUUAUUCAUGGAGAUUAAAUCAAUUAGAUUCUAUUGAAUUAUCUAUUAUAAAUCCAGAAAUUGAUUCAUCAUUCCCAAUACAGUUUCAAUCAUCACUGUUAGGUUCAUCACAAUUAAAACCUCAAUUUUUAUAUAAAUCUAUUCAAAAUAUACCUACAAAUAAAAAGUUUGAUGUAAUAUUAUUAAGUUGUAAUACAUUACAAGAUUUUCAAGUGAUAUGUAGUCAAAUUAAUAAUUUAUUAGAUGAAAAAUCAGUUAUCAUAGUUGAAUCUACAGGUUAUAUAAAUUUAGAACCAUUUAUAUCAAUGAAUUUAUCUAAAAAUUCAUCAGUUUGUGUAAUGUCAAUAAUGAAUGAAAGUGAUACACGUAAAAUAUCCACCAACAAAUAUCGUCAUCAAAUUAGAAACAAUGAUACAAGAAUAUAUUUUGGUACAACAACAUCAACUGGAAAAUUAAAUUCAAAUUUUAAUUAUCAGAAAUUUUACAAGAUUUUACAAAAUAUUCAAGAACAAAGUAAUAAUGCAAUAACUUUAUUAAAAAGUAGUAACUCUAAAGAAUUUAUGACAUAUCAAUGGAAACUAGCAAUACCUAGAAUAGUUUUAAAUCCUAUAAUGGUAUUAUUUGAAAUUAAAUUCCCAGAAUUACUAAAGAAUCAAAUAUUAUCAAAACCAUUAAUCACGGGGUUAAUAAAUGAAUUAUUCAAAUUAAUUAAGAAAAUGGAUUGUAAAUUAGUUAAAGGGUUUGAAAAUGAAGCAAAUUUAUUAAAAAGUUGGUGUAACAUUUAUCCUGUAACUAAAUCAAAUGAAAACUAUAUAAAUUCACCAAUAUUAUUUUAUAAUUUUUAUCAUUCAUAUAAUCUUGAUCUUGAUUUGUUAUUAUUACAACCAAUAUUAUUAGGUGACGAUAAUGGCAUAAGAACUCCAUAUUUAGAAAACCUUUAUUCAAUGAUGUGUCAAUAUAAUAAUAUAAAUCAAGACUCUGCAAUUUUUUUCAAAAGAAAAGUUUUGAAUGAACCUGAUCAAAAUAAAUUAUUACAACUCACAAAUUUAGAUGAAGAAAUUAAAAUAAAACUAGAUAAAGAAAAACAAUUAGAUGCUAUAUUGCAAGAUAAUGAUAAAAAAAGAUUAAAACAAGAUAAUGAUUUAAGAAUUCAAGAAAUUAAUUUAAAAUCAAUUCAACAAAAAAUUAUAGAUGUCGAAUCAAAAUUAUCAAAUAUAAAUUAUGAAUUUGAAAAAAAAUCAAAAUCUUUAGAAUUUGAACAUGAAUCAAAAUUUAAACAAUUAAAUGUAGAAUACAAUCAAAAAUUGAAAGAUUUGGAAUCAAAUUUCCAAAAACAAAAGUUACAUAAUGGAGAUUUACUGGUUCCUGUUCAACAAACACCACCACCAGCUCAAACUCAACAAAACACCAACAAUUAUAGAGAUUCAAUAAUGACACAAGAUGGUUUAGCUGAUUUGAAACAUAUUGUUCAAUAUGGUGCUACAUUAAAUGGUGAAUCUUCUCAACAACAAUUACAACCACCAAUUCAACCACCAGGAUUAUCGAAAAUACCAAGUGAUAAUAAUUCAGAAGUAUUUGUUGAUACUACAAAUGGUGAAUUACCUCCACAUAUAAUACAAAAAGAAAUGGAAUUAAGAAGAAGAGAAGAAGCUUUAAGAUCAAGAGAAAGAAGAAGUAGUAAUGGAGGAUAUUCUCAACCACCUCAACAAUACCAACCACAGCAACAACCAUAUAAUUAUAAUCAACAACCACAACAACCGUACAAUCCACAACAACAAAGACCAUAUAAUCAACCACAACAACAACAAUAUGGUCCACCACCUAAUGCAAUGUAUUCAGAUCAACAACCACCUCAUGGUUUACCUUCAGGUGGAUUACCACAAAAUCAAUUCCCACCACCAUUAAAACAAAAUGGAUCAAUGACAAAUAUGAAUAAAUAUAAUCAAUAUCAACCACAAAUGAAUGGAAGUUAUAAUCAGCCACAAUAUCAACAGCAACCACCACAUCAACAACCAAGAAGAUUAAGUUCAAUGCCAGGUGGAGUCAAUAGUUUCCAUGAUUAUCAACAACAACAACAUUAUAAUAUGCAAUUACAACAACAACAAAAUCCUCAACAACAAUAUCAACAAUCAAAUCAUUCAAGUUUUAAUAAUGCAGCACCAAUUGAUCCAUUUUUAGAAGGCAGAUUUAAAUCAAAUCCUAAAAAAUCAAAUCGUAGAUCUCAAAUGCCCAUAUUAUCUGGUAACUUAGAUGGGUUUGAUGUUGGAGGUAGAGGUGGUAUGCCACAACCAGGUACAAGAAAAUCAAUGAAUGUAUCUCAACAAUUAAAUUCACCACCGCAACCAAGAAGAUCAUCUAGUAAUCCAAUACAAUUGAAUUUACCACAACAACAAUUACCACCACAAAUUCUUCAACAUCAACAAUCACAGCAAAAUUUACAAUUAAAUGAAAAUCCAUCAUCAACAACAAAUACUCAUUCGAAUUCAAAUUCAAAUUCAAAUUCAAAUUCAAAUUCAAAUUCAAGUUAUUUACAACCUCCAAAUAUGAAUAGUUCACUGUCUUCAACUAAUACAAAUGAUACUCCAACCACUCAGAUACAUGAAAGUGAUGAACAUUUACAAGUUCCAUUUAACAACAAUAAUAAUAAUAAUAACAGUGUUAAUAAUAAUGGUCAAUUGGCUGCUCAACCUUUAGGUGGAAUUGCUGAAUCUAAUACUGCUAAUGUUGAAAAAAAGAAGAAAAAAAAAUUCUUUGGUAGGGGUUAG